AUGGCUUUGAAAUGGGCCACACCGAGUUGGCACUUGACGAAUCCUCAGCAAGCAACUGCCAGUGGCCCUCAGCAGGAGUGGCGCGGCUGUGAGCCGCAGCAGCACCGGCAGGAGCUUGGGCUGCGGGGGUUGGAGGGGGUGGUGGCGAAGGUGGUGGCCUCCGAUGGGCACAACUGGCUCAAGUACGGCCAGAAAAGAUUGAACCAGUCCAGUGCCACCAGGUGCUACUACAAGUGCAGUCUUGCCAAGGCCAUCCCUCGCUGCCCUGCCAAGAAGACUGUCGACAUCAACAGCCCCGACUCUAUCCACGUCACUUACAAAUGCCGACUCCACAACCACCCAGGAGCUCCAACUCGGCGUACGCCCUACUACCCUAGCGCCCCUGUUGCUAACCUCCCUGGUGACCACCAUAUCAACCUUCCGGCUUCACAUGGCGCGGUUGGCUCCGCCGCAGCACCUGAGGCCAUUCAACUUGCUGCUUCUUGUGGCGACCUGGAGGCCCUCGUGCAAGCCGUACAGCAUGGGAGCGUGGGAGUGACUUGUGACGGAUGCGCUGCUGUGGCUAAUGGUUGUGCUCCUGUGGCCGAUGGCGCUGCUGCAUCGCAUGCCCGUGGAAGUUUUACCCACUGGGCAGCACCGACUGACGGCUGUGCUCCUGCGGCUGACGGCUGUGCUGCAUCCCACGCGUCUGGGAGCUUGAAGCAGAGGGAUAUACCAAUGAAGCUUGUUGUGGGUGCUGCUGGGGCUGAUGGCGCUCCUCUGGCUGACGGUCGUGCUGCUGUGGCUGAUGGCUUUGCUGCAGCCCAUGCGCCUGGGAUUCUGGACCAGUGGGACGCGCUGCAGACGGUUUUUGGUGCAAGUAACCGUGCCUCAUGGGUUCAAAAGGAAGAGAAGACUGAGGAGGUGUAUGCCAUGGGUGCAGCUUGGGGUGAGCCUACUCUCUCCGCCUACAACAGCAUCUGUGCCUGCGCAACCACCUCUGCUCAUGACUGCACAUGUGCGCAUAGAGAGCGUGAAGCGCCUGCAGAGCCACGUGCCUUGAGAAAUCAUGUGCAGACCACCAUCGUAGAGCCGCCCGCCCUCGUUCUGCAGCCCACCAUCAUUGAGCCGCCGCCCACCCUCGUUGAACCGCCCACCAUCAAUGAGCCUCCCACCAUCAUUGAACCGCCCACCAGCAUUGUGCGAUCAGCCGCAGAGCCCUGCGAGGUGGAAGAUCCAACAACAUCCACAACUCCCAUCACACCCAGGGCCAGCAGCACCAAUUCUGACAGGCCACCCAGCACCUUCUGCACACACCGCAACAAGGCCUGCAGCACCGCCAAGCAGGUGGUGGCUGCAUCUUUGAUCCCGGCAGAGGUGUUUUCGUUCCUUGGAGGAACCAGCACUAUUCGUGUUUCAGACUUUGCACCAGCAAGCAUGCGAAAAGACCUCCAGUCGUGGCUUGAUGAUGCCGUUCAGGAGGACAGGUUAUUCGAGAUUGAGUCCCUUCCCCAUGCCAAUCCCUAUUCUUAUACCUGUGCUUAUCCCAACUCCAUCCACAUUACUACUCCCGUCUACGUGCCCAUCCCAACUCGCAUCCCGCAUCCCUAG